GAGGGUUUAAGCCAAGGUUCCAUUUUUAUAGUCACAAACAAGCACACUCCAGAGUCCAAACCAAACCCUCAAAACCCUAAACAAAACCCCUCUUAUCGCCGCCGCAACCAUGGCGGAGCUGAGACUCUCGGAGAGCCGCGACCUGACCCGCAUCGAGCGCGUGGGCGCGCACUCCCACAUCCGCGGCCUGGGCCUGGACUCCUCCCUCUCCCCACGCGCCGUCUCGGAGGGCAUGGUGGGCCAGGUGGCCGCUCGCAAGGCCGCCGGCGUCAUCCUCCAGAUGAUAAGAGAGGGGAAGAUCGCGGGGCGCGCCGUCCUGAUCGCCGGGCAGCCGGGCACCGGCAAGACCGCCAUCGCCAUGGGCAUGGCGAAGUCCCUCGGCCUGGAGACCCCCUUCGCCAUGAUCGCCGGCAGCGAGCUCUUCUCCCUCGAAAUGUCGAAAACCGAAGCCCUCACCCAAGCCUUCCGCAAGGCCAUCGGCGUCCGCAUCAAGGAGGAGACCGAGGUCAUCGAGGGCGAGGUCGUCGAGGUCCAGAUCGACCGCCCCGCCUCCGCCGCCGCCGCCGCCAAGACCGGCAAGCUCACGCUCAAAACGACGGAGAUGGAGACCGUUUACGACCUCGGCGCUAAAAUGAUUGAGGCCUUGGGGAAGGAGAAGGUGAGUAGUGGAGAUGUUAUUGCCAUUGACAAGGCUUCUGGGAAGAUCACCAAGCUUGGAAGGUCGUUCUCUCGCUCCAGGGAUUUCGAUGCCAUGGGCCCCCAGGUUAAGUUCGUCCAGUGCCCCGAUGGGGAGUUGCAGAAGAGGAAGGAGGUUGUGCAUUGCGUCACUCUUCACGAGAUUGAUGUUAUCAAUAGCAGAACGCAGGGUUUUUUGGCUCUUUUCACUGGUGAUACGGGUGAAAUUCGUGCGGAAGUCAGAGAGCAAAUUGACACCAAAGUGGCAGAGUGGAAAGAAGAAGGAAAGGCAGAGAUUGUGCCUGGUGUCCUUUUCAUUGAUGAGGUGCACAUGCUUGACAUAGAGUGCUUUUCAUUCCUCAAUCGGGCAUUGGAGAAUGAGAUGUCUCCCAUAUUAGUUGUUGCGACCAACAGAGGCAUCACGACCAUUAGAGGCACCAAUUACAAAUCCCCACAUGGGAUUCCCAUUGAUCUGCUGGAUCGCCUACUGAUCAUCUCUACUCAACCGUACACAGAGGAUGAAAUUCGCAAAAUUUUGGAUAUCAGAUGCCAAGAGGAAGACGUAGAAAUGAGUGAUGGUGCAAAGCAUUUGUUAACCAAAAUAGGUGUAGAAACAUCCUUGAGAUAUGCUAUUAAUCUAAUCACAGCAGCUGCAUUGGCAUGCCAGAAGCGGAAGGGAAAGACAGUGGAAUUGGAUGAUAUAAAUCGGGUUUACAAUCUGUUUUUGGAUGUCAAAAGAUCAACACAGUACCUAAUGGAGUAUCAAAGUCAGUACAUGUUCAGUGAAACAGGAGAAGCUGAUGAAGAUGAUACCAAUGCCAUGGUUUCCUAGAUUUACAAACAUCAGUCGGAGAGUUUGUAAUUACCUGGUCAGUCAUUGAUUAUAUAAGUUGCAGAAUUUGUUCCAUGAUGUGAUUGGUCAAAACACUCAUUUAUGUUUGAUAAUGGUAUAGAUCACCAGGAGUUUUCCGUGGUUGAACUGUCCACAUGAUUUUGCAACUUAAAUAUUAGGAUCAUGUGUUAUGUUACUUCUAAACAUUUACUCGUUUCUUUUAGCUGUACCACUAAUUCACUAGUCAUCAAUAGAGAGUAGCUUUAACAGUAAUUUAUUAGACAUGGUUUACAGUAGGUGGUCAAAUUAUUAUGUAAGGUGAAAGGUUGAACUUUUAUUAGAGGACUGUCUAUUUGCCUC